AUUUAGAACGUCAAGGCGGUAGUUUUCCAAUUUAAUUCACAUUAUUUUAAGUGUUGUGCAACGAUUUCGAGAAAAGCUUAGCUACGGAUAGUCUCUUAGACUCUAGUACUAGUGCCGAAUUUUUACCUACUUAAAUUUACGGAUCGCGUCACGCUAGUUGACGUAUGUACUGUGUCAUCUGUCAUAUGUUUAUUGAAGGUUAUGACUAUUUUUGAAUUUUAAAAAUAAAUUAAUUUUAAACUGCAAUAUAGCAUAUUUCAACUCAUGAAUACAAAUGUAAGGACAGUCGCUUCGCCGCUAAAACAUGUAUACAAUUUAUUCAGGUGCACUCGGCACCUCAAAUCCGAAUUCAAAAGUUUCAGUCACCGGGGUGCUCUCAAUCAUCAAACACUAUUGAAUUCUAAGUCUUUGAAAGCCUUAAACAAAGAAUACGCGGCAGUACAGUCUCUAUUACGCAGAUCAGGACUAAGAAAUAUUGAUCAAGUAUGCAGUGCUUUGAACACAAGAAGCUUUCAUACUAGCACCCCAUGCUGUCAGGAGCCCCCAAAGCCUGGCGGAGGACCGAACGGACGGAAAAACGACGACGAAGACAAAGAUAAGAUAUCAUCAUUGUUGGCGAAAGCUUUUCUUUGGAUGUUAACUGCGUAUGUUGUUAUAGCGAUGAUAUCUUUGAUGUUCCCAAGCAGCAGUCAACCAGAGGUCAUACGUUAUGUCUCUUGGAAUGAAUUCCUUUAUCAAAUGUUAGCCAAGGGAGAGGUAGAACAGAUCAUAGUUAGGCCUGAUAUUGAGAUUGUGACUAUCAUUCUUCAUGAAGGAGCUGUGAUAAAGGGUAAAAAGGUAGAAACGAGGACUUACCACAUGAACGUGGUCGAUAUGAAUAAAUUUGAAGACAAACUAAGGGAAGCCGAACGUAGACUGGGCAUUAGAGAUGGCGUGCCCGUUAUCUAUGAGAGAAGCACUGACACUGCAGGGAAGUUGCUCAUUUCCUUGCUUGUUGCUGCUUUUCUUAUAUCGUUACUUGCUAGAAGCAAAAGUAUCAGGCCUCCUCUUAGUAUGGAUACUUUUACUCAGCUAGGAAGGGCUAAAUUUACGCUGAUUGACCCGCUGACUGGGCCAGGCAAAGGUGUGCACUUCUCGGAUGUUGCCGGCUUAAGGGAAGCAAAACUAGAAGUUAUGGAGUUUGUUGACUAUCUCAAGAAGCCCGAACGCUACAAGAUGCUCGGUGCCAAGGUCCCGAAAGGUGCCUUGUUGCUGGGCCCCCCAGGAUGCGGUAAAACGCUUCUCGCUAAAGCUGUAGCCACUGAAGCUAAUGUGCCUUUUUUGUCUAUGAACGGGUCUGAAUUCAUAGAAAUGAUCGGAGGCUUGGGUGCUGCUAGAGUUAGGGAUUUGUUUAAAGAAGCACGAAAACGCGCCCCUUGCAUCGUCUACAUCGACGAAAUCGACGCGGUUGGCAGAAAACGCAGCGGACAGCUGGGCGGUAUGGAAGGGGGUGCCAGCGGCGAAGGGGAACAAACUUUGAACCAAUUGCUGGUCGAAAUGGACGGUAUGGCUAGCAAAGAAGGCGUCAUUAUGCUUGCUUCUACCAACAGGGCUGACAUAUUGGAUAACGCCUUGUUGCGCCCGGGGCGGUUCGACCGUCACAUCCUGAUCGACUACCCGGACCUGGUAGAAAGACAACAGAUCUUCGAGCAGCAUCUCAAAGGCAUCAAGUUGGAACAUCCUCCUGAAAAAUACUCGAAACGGCUGGCGUACCUGACGCCCGGAUUCAGCGGCGCUGACAUCGCGAACGUUUGCAACGAGGCAGCUUUGCACGCUGCAAGGCUCAAGAAGAAAAAAGUUACUAGGGACGAUUUGGAAUAUGCCGUCGAAAGAUUAGUCGGUGGCACGGAAAAGCGUUCUCACGCGAUGUCGCCUCAAGAAAAACGGAUAGUUGCCUAUCACGAGUCGGGUCACGCUAUCGUCGGAUGGUUAUUGCCAUAUACCGAUGCUUUGCUGAAGGUCACAAUUGUGCCGAGGACAAGUUUGGCUCUCGGAUUCGCGCAGUAUGUGCCUAAGGAUCAGAAACUGUACACCAAAGAAGAGUUAUUCGAUAGAAUGUGCAUGACUCUAGGCGGUAGGGUCGCAGAAUCGUUGACCUUCAACAAGGUCACGACUGGAGCUCAAAACGACUUGGAGAAAGUCACUAAGAUGGCGUAUGCUCAGGUUAAAGAAUUCGGGAUGAGCCAGAAAGUGGGACUCAUUUCUUUUCCAGAAUCAGAGGUUAGCUCUCCUUUUAUAAAAGAAAAAGAGCUAGGCAGAAGACCGUACAGCAAAACUUUAUCGAAUCUGAUAGAUUUGGAAGUUAGGAGACUUGUCGCCGACGCUUACAAAAGAACUGAAGAGAUUAUCAAGCAUAACAAAGACAAACUGGAACUGAUGGCGGAAACGUUGCUUAAGAAAGAAACGUUGAACUACAACGACAUAGUUCAGUUGCUCGGUCCGCCACCGUUCGAAAAUAAGAAGCUCGUCGAUCCGGCGGAAUUCGAAGAAAAUAUCAGAGUAGAAGCUGGAGAAUUCGGUUCUGCGGCUGCUAAUUCUUCGGAUGCCGAAGCUAAGCAGUAGCUAGUCGUUACUUUUUGUUGAAUUUAAUCAGCUUGUUGAGAAAUAAAUAGACUUUUAGAUCAAAUAUA